GGGAGGCGCGCCGGGCGUCUGCACUCGGGAGGCCCCGCUUGUUCCCCGCGCCCGCGGCGGUCCGCGUUCCCCGCCUCCAGCCCGCCUCCAACUUGCGGCCGCCGGGCUUGGCUGCGAGAGCGCCGCGAAGAGGCAGCGGGGCGCGGGUGGAUUGGGGCUGGAGGUGCGCGUCCCGUGGGGUGGCAAGGCGGCAGCUCCUGGCGCUGCGGGCGUCCCCACAGGAACAGACUUUGACCCAGAACACAGAAACUCACUUGUCAACAAGAACCUUCUGGAAGAGAAGACUGGCAGAAUAUUUUUUAAGUACUAAGACUUGCCUGUGAUGUGGUCUCUGCACAUAGUACUAAUGAGGUGCUCCUUCAGAUUGACCAAGUCCUUGGCCACAGAUCCCUGGUCACUUACACUCAUUCUCUUUUCUGUACAAUAUGUAUAUGGGAGUGGAAAGAAAUACGUUGGUCCUUGUGGAGGAAGAGAUUGCUCUGUUUGCCACUGUGUUCCUGAAAAGGGGUCUCGGGGUCCACCAGGACCACCAGGGCCACAGGGUCCAAUUGGACCCCUGGGAGCCCCAGGACCCAUUGGGCUUUCAGGAGAGAAAGGAAUGAGAGGGGACCGCGGCCCUCCUGGAGCAGCAGGGGACAAAGGAGAUAAGGGUUCAACUGGUGUUCCUGGAUUUCCAGGUUUAGAUGGCAUACCUGGGCACCCAGGGCCUCCUGGACCCAGAGGCAAACCUGGUAUGAGUGGCCACAAUGGCUCAAGAGGUGACCCAGGGUUUCCAGGAGGAAGAGGAGCUCUUGGCCCAGGAGGCCCCCUAGGCCAUCCUGGGGAAAAGGGAGAAAAAGGAAAUUCAGUGUUCAUUUUAGGUGCCGUUAAAGGUAUUCAGGGAGACAGAGGGGACCCAGGACUGCCUGGCUUACCAGGAUCUUGGGGGGCAGGAGGACCGGCGGGUCCCACAGGAUAUCCUGGAGAGCCAGGGUUAGUGGGACCUCCGGGCCAACCAGGGCGUCCAGGUUUGAAGGGAAAUCCCGGUGUGGGAGUAAAGGGGCAAAUGGGAGACCCGGGUGAGGUUGGUCAGCAAGGUUCUCCUGGACCCACCCUGUUGGUGGAGCCACCUGACUUUCGUCUCUAUAAAGGAGAAAAGGGUAUAAAAGGAAUUCCUGGAAUGGUUGGACUGCCAGGACCACCAGGACGCAAGGGAGAAUCUGAUAUUGGGGCAAAAGGAGAAAAAGGUAUUCCUGGAUUUCCAGGGCCUCGGGGGGAUCCUGGUUCCUAUGGAUCUCCAGGUUUUCCAGGAUUAAAGGGAGAACUAGGACUGGUUGGAGAUCCUGGGCUAUUUGGAUUAAUUGGCCCAAAGGGGGAUCCUGGAAAUCGAGGGCACCCAGGACCACCAGGUGUUUUGGUGACUCCACCUCUUCCACUCAAAGGCCCACCAGGGGACCCAGGGUUCCCUGGCCGCUAUGGAGAAACAGGGGAUGUUGGACCACCUGGUCCCCCAGGUCUCUUGGGCAGACCAGGGGAAGCCUGUGCAGGCAUGAUAGGACCCCCUGGGCCACAAGGAUUUCCUGGUCUUCCUGGGCUUCCAGGAGAAGCUGGUAUUCCUGGGAGACCUGAUUCUGCUCCAGGAAAACCAGGGAAGCCAGGAUCACCUGGCUUGCCUGGAGCACCAGGCCUGCAGGGCCUCCCAGGAUCAAGUGUGAUAUACUGUAGUGUUGGGAAUCCUGGACCACAAGGAAUAAAAGGCAAAGUGGGUCCCCCAGGAGGAAGAGGCUCAAAAGGAGAAAAAGGAAAUGAAGGACUCUGUGCCUGUGAGCCUGGACCCAUGGGCCCCCCUGGCCCUCCAGGACUUCCUGGGAGGCAGGGGAGUAAGGGAGACUUGGGGCUCCCUGGCUGGCUUGGAACAAAAGGUGACCCAGGACCUCCUGGUGCUGAAGGACCUCCAGGGCUACCAGGAAAGCAUGGUGCCUCUGGACCACCUGGCAACAAAGGGGCGAAGGGUGACAUGGUUGUAUCAAGAGUUAAAGGGCACAAAGGAGAAAGAGGUCCUGAUGGGCCCCCAGGAUUUCCAGGGCAGCCAGGAUCACAUGGUCGGGAUGGACAUGCUGGAGAAAAAGGGGAUCCAGGACCCCCAGGGGAUCAUGAAGAUGCGACCCCAGGUGGUAAAGGAUUUCCUGGACCUCUGGGCCCCCCGGGCAAAGCAGGACCUUUGGGGCCCCCAGGACUGGGAUUUCCUGGUCCACCAGGACAGCGAGGCCACCCAGGAGUUCCAGGCCACCCAGGUGUGAGGGGCCCUGAUGGCUUGAAGGGUCAGAAAGGUGACACAAUUUCUUGCAACGUAACCUACCCUGGGAGGCACGGCCCUCCAGGUUUUGAUGGACCUCCAGGUCCGAAGGGAUUUCCAGGUCCCCAAGGUGCCCCUGGGCUGAGUGGUUCAGAUGGGCAUAAAGGCAGACCUGGCACACCAGGAACAGCGGAAAUACCAGGUCCACCUGGUUUUCGUGGUGACAUGGGAGAUCCGGGUUUUGGAGGUGAAAAGGGGUCCUCCCCUGCUGGGCCCCCAGGCCCUCCCGGCUCACCAGGAGUGAAUGGUCAGAAAGGAAUCCCGGGAGACCCUGCAUUUGGUCACCUGGGACCCCCGGGAAAGAGGGGUCUUUCAGGAGUGCCAGGGAUAAAAGGACCCAGAGGUGAUCCGGGAUGUCCAGGGGCUGAAGGGCCAGCUGGCAUUCCUGGAUUCCCAGGUCUCAAAGGUCCCAAAGGCAGAGAGGGACAUGCUGGGUUUCCAGGUGUCCCAGGUCCACCUGGCCAUUCCUGUGAAAGAGGUGCUCCAGGGAUACCAGGGCAACCGGGACUCCCUGGGUAUCCAGGUAGCCCAGGUGCUCCAGGUGGGAAAGGACAGCUGGGAGAUGUGGGGCCUCCCGGGCCAGCUGGAAUGAAAGGCCUCCCUGGACUCCCAGGAUGGCCUGGGGCACAUGGUCCCCCAGGCCUCCCAGGAAUCCCAGGUCCCUUUGGAGAUGAUGGGCUACCUGGUCCUCCAGGUCCAAAGGGACCCCAGGGGCUGCCUGGUUUCCCAGGUUUUCCCGGAGAAAGAGGAAAGCCUGGUGCAGAGGGAUGUCCUGGCACAAAGGGAGAACCUGGAGAGAAGGGCAUGUCUGGCCUUCCCGGAGACCGGGGACUGAGAGGGGCCAAAGGAGCCAUAGGACCUCCCGGAGAUGAAGGAGAAAUGGCUAUCAUUUCCCAAAAGGGAACACCUGGGGAACCUGGACCUCCUGGAGAUGAUGGAUUCCCAGGAGAAAGAGGUGAUAAAGGAACUCCCGGGAUGCAAGGGAGAAGAGGAGAGCCGGGAACAUACGGACCACCUGGAUUUCAGAGAGGGGAACCUGGUGAGAAAGGUCAGCCAGGGCAUCCUGGACCCCCAGGCCCUCCAGGCUCAACUGGUCUAAGAGGGUUCAUUGGUUUUCCAGGACUUCCAGGUGACCAGGGUGAGCCAGGUUCUCCAGGUCCCCCUGGAUUUUCAGGAAUUGAUGGAGCAAGAGGACCUAAAGGAAACAAAGGUGACCCUGCCAGUCACUUUGGUCCACCUGGUCCAAAGGGUGAGCCAGGUAGCCCUGGAUGUCCAGGGCAUUUUGGAGCAUCUGGAGAGCAGGGCUUGCCUGGUAUUCAAGGGCCCAGAGGAUCACCUGGAAGGCCAGGGCCACCUGGCUCCUCUGGACCACCAGGGUGCCCAGGUGAUCACGGGAUGCCUGGGCUGAGGGGACAGCCAGGAGAAAUGGGAGACCCUGGGCCAAGAGGCCUCCAGGGGGAUCCAGGGAUACCAGGUCCUCCGGGAAUAAAAGGUCCCUCCGGAUCACCUGGCCUGAACGGCUUGCAUGGAUUGAAAGGUCAGAAAGGAACUAAAGGUGCUUCAGGUUUGCAUGAUGUGGGGCCACCUGGUCCAGUGGGAAUACCUGGGCUAAAAGGGGAGAGAGGAGACCCUGGGAGCCCAGGAAUCUCUCCUCCAGGUCCUCGUGGAGAAAAAGGUCCCCCAGGAACCCCAGGGAGUUCAGGACCACCUGGUCCUGCAGGUGCCACAGGAAGAGCUCCUAAGGACAUUCCUGACCCGGGUCCACCUGGAGAUCAGGGACCUCCUGGUCCUGAUGGCCCAAGAGGAGCACCUGGGCCUCCAGGCCUCCCUGGGAGUGUUGACCUUCUGAGAGGGGAGCCAGGUGACUGUGGUCUACCAGGGCCACCAGGUCCCCCUGGCCCACCAGGCCCUCCAGGAUACAAAGGCUUUCCAGGAUGUGAUGGAAAAGAUGGCCAGAAAGGACCAAUGGGAUUCCCGGGACCGCAGGGACCACAUGGAUUUCCUGGGCCACCUGGAGAGAAGGGUUUACCUGGACCUCCAGGGAGAAAAGGGCCCACUGGUCUUCCAGGUCCCAGAGGUGAACCGGGGCCACCUGCAGAUGUGGAUGACUGUCCCCGAAUCCCAGGCCUUCCUGGGGCGCCAGGCAUGAGAGGACCAGAAGGAGCCAUGGGGCUCCCUGGAAUGAGAGGCCUCCCAGGACCAGGGUGCAAAGGAGAGCCUGGGCUGGAUGGCAGGAGGGGUGUGGAUGGCGUCCCUGGGUCUCCUGGGCCUCCCGGACGUAAAGGUGACACAGGAGAAGACGGCUACCCUGGAGGACCAGGGCCUCCUGGUCCCAUUGGGGAUCCUGGGCCCAAAGGGUUUGGCCCUGGAUACCUCGGUGGCUUCCUCCUGGUUCUCCACAGUCAGACGGACCAGGAGCCCACCUGCCCCCUGGGCAUGCCCAGGCUCUGGACUGGGUAUAGUCUGUUAUACCUGGAAGGGCAAGAGAAAGCUCACAAUCAAGACCUUGGUCUGGCAGGGUCUUGCCUUCCCGUGUUUAGCACGCUGCCCUUUGCCUACUGCAACAUCCACCAGGUGUGCCACUAUGCCCAGAGAAACGACAGAUCCUACUGGCUGGCCAGCGCUGCGCCCCUCCCCAUGAUGCCACUCUCUGAAGAGGCGAUCCGCCCCUAUGUCAGCCGCUGUGCGGUAUGCGAGGCCCCGGCCCAGGCGGUGGCGGUGCACAGCCAGGACCAGUCCAUCCCCCCAUGUCCGCAGACCUGGAGGAGCCUCUGGAUCGGGUAUUCAUUCCUGAUGCACACAGGAGCUGGGGACCAAGGAGGAGGGCAGGCCCUUAUGUCACCUGGCAGCUGCCUGGAAGAUUUCAGAGCAGCACCAUUCCUUGAAUGCCAGGGCCGGCAGGGAACUUGCCACUUUUUUGCAAAUAAGUAUAGCUUCUGGCUCACAACGGUGAAAGCAGACUUGCAGUUUUCCUCUGCUCCAGCACCAGACACCUUAAAAGAAAGCCAGGCCCAACGCCAGAAAAUCAGCCGGUGCCAGGUCUGCGUGAAGUAUAGCUAGAGAAUGCGAAAUUCACCAACACGUGGCCAAGAGAAACUUCCUAGGGGGCUAAGACUUCCUAGACUGUGCUAAGAGACGUCAUGGUGCUCAUUUUGGACUCCCUUUCAGUGGUUCCUUCUGUUUUGUCGUGGUUAUUCCCAGAGUCCUCUGGUUCCUUACACAUUAAGCAAAUGCUGCACGGAUGGAUUUGUUUGGACCUCCCAAUCUAGGGAACCUAGAUACUCUUAUUUUACUGAGGAUGAUCGAAGAACUGGCUUUACUUAAAAAUAUGCUAAUUCUCAGAAAGGCAAGUAGAUGAUAAAGGCCAGAUUACAAAUUACAUUACUGAAAACUUCAUUCUUGGGUUAACAGUAUCUCAAACAAUUGAAGUCAAUUCCUCUAUAAUACAGUGGGCUUCUGGAUGGAUUUUAUAGGAAAAAAUAAACAGGUCAAUGAAUGAAACUAGAAA